AUGGUCCCAGUCUACAGCGUGUGUUCCUGCCUAGGCCUGGCCUUCCGCGGCAUGACGGUCUACCUCGACGUCCUCCGCGACUGCUACGAAGCCGUCGUCAUCUACGAGUUCUUCCAGCUCCUCCUCGCCUACAUCGGCGCCGACAUCCAAGCGCAAGCCGAAGUGCUCGCUUCGAAACCCACUAUGAAUUUCGUAUUCCCGCUGCAACGGUGGACGUACCGCCCCUCGCGCCCGCAUUUCUUGCAUUAUUGCAAGAUUGGCACGCUGCAGUAUGUGGUGCUGAGACCCGUGACGACUGUGCUGGCGGUGGUGACACAGUUGACGGGGAAGUUUUGUGAGGAUUCGAUGAGUCCGCGGUUUGCGCAUCUGUGGAUUAUCAUUGUCAACUCGAUUAGCGUUACGGUGGCAAUGUUCGCGUUGGUGCAAAUUUAUACUACGAUAAAGAGCGAGUUGAAGGGAUAUCACCCUGUCCUGAAAUUCGUCUCCAUCAAGUUCGUAAUCUUCUUCUCCUUCUGGCAAAGCGUCACAAUCUCCAUCCUUUCCAACACCCACAUCAUCCACUCCACCCCUCACUGGUCCUCCCUCGAAAUCUCCAACUCCCUCAACGCCUUCAUCCUCUGCAUCGAAAUGGCCAUCGCAGCCCUCCUGCACACAAAAGCCUUCUCCUACACCGAAAACCUCUCUCCGGACCUGGGGCCCACAUACCGCUGGCCGGCGUUCAAGCACUGCUGUUUUGGGUUUUAUUCGGACUUUGUGCUGGAUGUUACGGUGACCCAGCGGUUUUUGACGCAUAGGAUUAGGGGGGAGACUUAUACGCCUGCGGAUGCGCUGAAUGAGGCUGAAGCCGAGGGGCUCUUGGAGACGGUGGAGGAUUUUAUUGAGGAGGUUGCGGAGGAGGUCAAGGAUGCGGAGAGCGGGGUUGACGGGGCCGAGAUCAGGGUGGAGAAGAGGAAGGGCGAUAAGACGGAGGUGGUCGAGGGGAAGAUUGAGGGUGCGGAGGGGUCUGAGACCACCACCGGUGCGCCUGUGAAGAGCGUUGUGAACCGCACGGUGCUGGAGGACGGCGAGCCGGUGGUGGAGACUCGUAAGGAGAAGGAUCAUGGUGGUGAUUGA